AUGCCGCUGGGCGCGCGCGAGGUGCCUCUGCUAGAGCACGAACAUCCGCCGCUCAAGUUUGCGCGCCAGCACCACGUCGAGAUACCCCACCAUGACGACCCCGAAUACGCGCGCUAUCAGGCUAUGCAGAAAGUCGCCCUCUCCAACGCUGUCAAGUCCUUUAAGCAGGAGCUUGCUGAGCGGAGCCCUGUGGAACACAUUCAAUUAGAGGACCAGAAGCUGAUUGUGCGACACCGCAGCCAGAGCAAGCUUUCCCAGCAGGAGCUGGCCGACCUCCAGAAAGCGACCCACUUCGAUAAAAAGGAACUGCAGCAAUGGUACAAAGGCUUCCUGAAGGACUGCCCCUCCGGCAUGCUCACCAAGGAGGAGUUCCAGAAGAUCUACAAGCAGUUCUUCCCAUUCGGCGACCCGUCGUCAUUUGCCGACUACGUGUUUAACGUCUUCGAUGCGGACAAAUCCGGUACUAUCGAUUUCAAAGAGUUCAUCUGCGCCCUGAGCGUCACCAGCCGGGGCAAGAUGGAGGACAAGCUGGACUGGGCGUUCCAGCUAUACGACAUCGACGGCGACGGCAAGAUCAGCUACGAGGAGAUGCUGGCCAUUGUGGAGGCCAUAUAUAAGAUGGUCGGCUCCAUGGUCAAGCUGCCCGAGGACGAAGACACGCCGGAGAAGCGCGUACGGAAGAUCUUCCGGAUGAUGGACAAGGACGAGAACGGCAGCCUGGACAUGGCCGAGUUCAAGGAGGGCUCCAAGCGCGACGAGACCAUUGUGUCUGCUCUUUCUCUCUACGAUGGCCUUGUGUAG